AACCUGCCUGAUGUGUCAGAAGCAGACUACUCCCCAGCAGAUUUCAAUCUGUACAAAUGGAUCCACUGGGAGGUGAUUUAAUCACACAGAGGUUAACAUUGACCAAAUAGAACUCUACUCUAGAUUGAAUCAAACAGAGGUUAACAUUGACCUAAUAGAACUCUACUCUAGAUUGAAUCACACAGAUGUUAACAUUUAACUAAUAGACCUCUACUGUAGAUUGAAUCACACAGAGGUUAACAUGGACCUAAUAGAACUCUACUGUAGAGUGAAUCACACAGAGGUUAACAUUGACCUAAUAGAACACUCCUAUAGAUUUAAUCAUGAUAAACCGUUUUGUAUCAUGUACAGUUUCUAACACUUAAAAUAAUAUAAUUUUGGUCAUGUUUAUAACAGCCACGACAGGUUUUGGUAAUGUUUAUAACAUGUUUGCAACAUCCAUGACCAUGACAGGUUUUGGUCAUAUUUAUGACAUGUUUGUCACAUGACCGUGUCGUAAUGCUGAGGAGAAGGUGAAGAUGAUCCAGCAGGUGGAGCUGUCUAACAGCACGUUGCCACAGCAACACAGGAUCACUGCAUCCGUGGAGAUAGAGAAGACCAGGGAGCCUCUGUACCAGCUCUUUCGCUAUGGCGAUGUGGUACGACGCCCUCACUGAUAGCAUGAGUAUCACCCAUAACACCGUGGGAUAAUGCCUCCCAAACAACAUCUAAGACAGACAAUGUUCUGUAGGAAUGUUGUAUAUUGUCAUUUAAUUCCCAAAACAUGUUGUUCAGCUUUCUUUACAGGUUUGGAGAUUGAUUUUGAUUUAUGUUAUUAUUAGUGUCUUGUAUCUUCAGAAUGCCUAGCCCACAUGGGUUUAUAAGACAAUGUAUUCUUGAUUCAUAGUUUGCAUUUAAGGAUGGAGUGUUCACUGUGGUACAAUAUAAGCAAUAACUGAGUAGGCAUGAUUUGGAUAAGGAGCGUCUGCUAAAUGACAAAAAAACUAAUGUAAAAAAAUAUAAAAAUAAAAAUUUGAAUAGCAUGCAUAGAUAAAUAAAUAAAAUAUAUUUUAAUCCUGCUUCUGUCAUUGCUGGCAUUGGAGAGGAAAUGACCAAACCUGUUAAUGUUAUAAAACACUGCUGUCUCCUUUAUCUGCCCUGAACAUGUCCUGAAGCAACCUCUCCUCUCCAGGAGUUGGUCAACAAGGAUGCGGCCGUGCUCUUUGCCUUCCACUCUGCUGCCAGUGCUCCGAAGGGCCUCUACCACAGAGUGAAGAAAGGGUGAGUGGGACACAGAGACAGAAGAAAAGAGAGAGAAAGAGGAAGAGAGAGAGAGGGACACACAUACAGGCAGGCAGGAGAUAGAGUAACAAAAAGAAAGACGGACGGAUGGACGGACAGAACGGGGCAAAGAGGUCGAGGAUGUGGGGAGUACAGUCUAAUACUUUGGGUUCGAUGCUAUGGUUAACUCUUCAUAUUCUAAUCCAGUUUACCAGGGUUGUCUCAACACCUGCGGUCCUGUCCUGUAAGUGUGCUUCCUGUGUUCCAGCGCUGUCCUCAUGUGCCUGGGCAGAGAAAGGGGCAGAUGAGAUGGGUCCUGAUGGCGUAGUUGUCCACUCAGAUGCCUUUCCACCGGAGGCCCCUGUGGACACGUUUGGAGCAGUCAACACUUUCAACACAUCGGUGAUCUACAUCCUGUCAUCAUGGUGAGGAAGCCACUGGGCUCAUCAUAUGUGCUUUAGUUCUAUGGUUAUUUCGGCGUUUCCGCACCGAGGACCACAUUGGAAAUCUGUGCCGUAUGUUUUCUUGUGAUAACUAGCGGCAUCAUACUUUAUCAUCUGUCUUUGCUAUACUACAAACUCAAUCAAUCAAUUAAACAAUAACCUUUCCUUUUGCAGGAGGAAGUCUACAAUAAUCUCAUACGUUAGGUUGCCAGGUAGCCAUGGAUACAAUGAAAUUGUGACAAAGAAAGAAAGUUCUAGCUAACUAUAAAGCAUUUAAUCUGUAUCUGCUUGAUGUGUUAAUGCUGUCCUGAGCUAGAUACAGUGCUAACAUACAUAGUACUUAAAUCAAAUUCCACCUGUUGUACUGUAUAAUUAAGAUUAAUUAAUGAUGAUUGUCCAACAAAAAAGGCACAAACGGUCCAUCUUUUGACAGACAAACUCAUCUGAAAAUAGUUGACUUGAGUUGUACUUCUGAUGGACAAAAAUGGACAAUGAUGUGCGUCAUAUACAAUUUCAACUGUAUUGUAUUGUAUUUAUUAUGGAUCCCCCAUUAGUUCCUGCCAAGGCAGCAGCUACUCUUCCUGGGGUUUAUUAUGGAUCCUCAUUAGUUCCUGCAAAGUGUCACGAUCGUCAUAAUGAUUGGACCAAGGCGCAGCGUGAUAUGCGUACAUCUCUUUUAAUAGUGUACUAGCAACAUGAUACAAAAUACAAAAACAACAAAACGAUACGUGAAGUCCUCAGUCAUGAACACAACCCAACACGGAACAAGAUCCCACCAAACACAAGUGCACAACAGGCUGCCUAAGUAUGGUCCCCAAUCAGAGACAACAAGCAACAGCUGAUUCUCAUUGCCUCUGAUUGAGAACCACCCCGGCCAACAUAGAAACACAUAACCCAGAACAGAACAUAGAAAACGAAACAUAGACACUACACAACGAAACUAACACCCUGGCUCAACAUACAAGAGUCCCCAGAGCCAGGGCGUGACACCAAGGCAGCAGCUACUCUUCCUGGGGUUUAUUAUGGAUCUCCAUUAGUUCAUGCCAAGGCAGCAGCUACUCUUCCUGGGGUUUAUUAUGGAUCCUCAUUAGUUCCUGCCAAGGCAGCAGCUACUCUUCCUGGGGUUUAUUAUGGAUCCCCAUUAGUUCCUGCCAAGGCAGCAGCUACUCUUCCUGGGGUUUAUUAUGGAUCCUCAUUAGUUCCUGCCAAGGCAGCAGCUACUCUUCCUGGGGUUUAUUAUGGAUCGUCAUUAGUUCCUGCCAAGGCAGCAGCUACUCUUCCUGGGGUUUAUUAUGGAUCCUCAUUAGUUCCCGCCAAGGCAGCAGCUACUCUUCCUGGGGUUUAUUAUGGAUCCCCAUUAGUUCCUGCCAAGGCAGCAGCUACUCUUCCUGGGGUUUAUUAUGGAUCCUCAUUAGUUCCUGCCAAGGCAGCAGCUACUCUUCCUGGGGUUUAUUAUGGAUCCUCAUUAGUUCCUGCCAAGGCAGCAGCUACUCUUCCUGGGGUUUAUUAUGGAUCGUCAUUAGUUCCUGCCAAGGCAGCAGCUACUCUUCCUGGGGUUUAUUAUGGAUCGUCAUUAGUUCCUGCCAAGGCAGCAGCUACUCUUCCUGGGGUUUAUUAUGGAUCCUCAUUAGUUCCCGCCAAGGCAGCAGCUACUCUUCCUGGGGUUUAUUAUGGAUCCCCAUUAGUUCCUGCCAAGGCAGCAGCUACUCUUCCUGGGGUUUAUUAUGGAUCCUCAUUAGUUCCUGCCAAGGCAGCAGCUACUCUUCCUGGGGUUUAUUAUGGAUCCUCAUUAGUUCCUGCCAAGGCAGCAGCUACUCUUCCUGGGGUUUAUUAUGGAUCGUCAUUAGUUCCUGCCAAGGCAGCAGCUACUCUUCCUGGGGUUUAUUAUGGAUCCCCAUUAGUUCCUGCCAAGGCAGCAGCUACUCUUCCUGGGGUUUAUUAUGGAUCCCCAUUAGUUCCUGCCAAGGCAGCAGCUACUCUUCCUGGGCUCCAGCUAAAUUAAGGCAGUUAUAUACAAUUAAAAACAUUACAUUACAUUUCACAACAGAUUUCACAACACAUUAAGUGUGUUACCUCAGGUCCCUACUCUACUACCACAUAUCUACAACACAACAUCCAUGUGUAGGUGUGUAUAGUGCGUAUGUUAUCGUGUGUGUGUAUGUCUCUUCAGAGUCCCCGCUGUUCCACAAGGUGUAUUUUUAUCUGUUUUUAAAAAAUCUAAUUUUACUCCUUGCAUCAGUUACUUGAUGUGGAAUAGAGUUCCAUGUAGUCAUGGCUCUAUGUAGUACUGUGCCCCUCCCAUAGUCUGUUCUGGACUUGGGGACUGUGAAGAGACCUCUGAUGGCAUGUCUCGUGAGGUAUGCAUGUGUGUCCGAGCUGUGUGCUAGUAGUUUAAACAGACAGCUCAGUGCAUUCAACAUGUUAAUAUUUCUCACAUAUACAAGUAGUGAUGAAGUGCAAAUUGUGCAUAUAGUGAUAUUAUUAAUGUUAGCUCUCCGUGUACAUUUAAGGGCCAGCUGUGCUGCCCUAUUCUGGGCCAACUGUAAUUUUCCUAAGUCCCUCUUUGUGGCAUCUGACCACAUGACUGGACAGUAGUCCAGGUGCGACAAAUCUAGGGCCUGCAGGACCUGCCUUGUUGAUAGUGUUGUUAAGAAGGCAGAGCAGUGCUUUAUUAUGGACAGACCUCUCCCCAUCUUAGCUACUGUUACAUCAAUAUGUUUUGACCAUGACAGUUUACAAUCCAGGGUUACUCCAUGCAGUUUAGUAUCGUCAACUUGCUCAAUUUCCACAUUAUUCAUUAGAAAAUUUAGUUGAGGUUUAGGGUUUAGUGAAUGAUUUGUCCCAAAUACAAUGCUUUGAGUUUUUGAAAUAUUUAGUACUAUCUUAUUACUUGCCACCCAUUCUAAAACUGACAGCAGCUCUUUGUUAAGUGUUGCAGUGGCAACCUAACGUAUGAGAUUAUUGUAGAAUUCCUCCUGCAAAAGGAAAGGUUAUUGUUUUCACUCAAAAUCUCACGAUACAUGGCCCCAUUCAUUCUUUCCUUUACACGGAUCAGUCGUCCUGGUCCCUUUGCAGAAAAUGCUUCACAGUAGGUAUGGUGUUCUUUGGAUGCAACUCAGCAUUCUUUUUCCUCCAAACACAACGAGUAGAGUUUUUACCAAAAAGUUCUAUUUUGGUUUCAUCUGACCAUAUGACAUUCUCCCAAUCCUCUUCUGGAUCAUCCAAAUGCACUCUAGCAAACUUCAGACGGGCCUAAGCAGGGGGACACGUCUGGCACUGCAGGAUUUGAGUCCCUGGCGGCGUAGUGUGUUACUGAUGGUAGGCUUUGUUACUUUGGUCCCAGCUCUCUGCAGGUCAUUCACUAGGUCCCCCUGUGUGGUUCUGGGAUUUUUGCUCACCGUUCUUGUGAUCAUUUCAACCCCACGGGGUGAGAUCUUGCGUGGAGCCCCAGAUCGAGGGAGAUUAUCAGUGGUCUUGUAUGUCUUCCAUUUCCUAAUAAUUGCUCCCACAGUUGAUUUCUUCAAACCAAGCUGCUUACCUAUUGCAGAUUCAGUCUUCCCAGCCUGGUGCAGGUCUACAAUUUUGUUUCUGGUGUCCUUUGACAGCUCUUUGGUCUUGGCCAUAGUAGAGUUUGGAGUGUGACUGUUUGAGGUUGUGGACAGGUGUCUUUUAUACUGAUAACAAGUUCAAACAGGUGCCAUUAAUACAGGUAACGAGUGGAGGACAGAGGAGCCUCUUAAAGAAGAAGUUACCGGUCUGUGAGAGACAGAAAUCUUGCUUGUUUGUAGGUGACCAAAUACUUAUUUUCCACCAUAAUUUGCAAAUAAAUUCAUAAAAAAUCCUACAAUGUGAUUUUCUGGAUUUUUUAUUCUCAAUUUGUCUAUCAUAGUUGACGUGUACCUAUGAUGAAAAUUACAGGCCUCUCUCAUCUUUUUAAGUGGGAGAACAUGCACAAUUGGUGGCUGACUAAAUACUUUUUUCCCCCACUCCUUUACACAGGGGAUGUAAAGCCAUAACAUAUAAAUUUUUCCAGCAGCAGAUUAUGAUCGAUAAUGUCAAAAGUUGCACUGAUGUCUAACAAAAAAGCUCCCACAAUCGUUUAUUAUCAAUUUCUUUCAGCAAAUCAUCAGCCAUUUGUGUAAGUGCCAUACAUGUUGAAUGCCCUUCCCUAUAAGCAUGGUGAAAAUCUGUUGUUAAUUUGUUUACUCAAAAAUAGCAGUGUAUCUGGUCAAACACCAUUUUAUCCAAAAGUUUACUAAGGGUUGGUAUCAGGCUGAUUGGUCACGUAUUUGAGCCAGUAAAGGGUGCUUUGCUAUUAUUGGAUAGUGGAAUGACUUUUGCUUCCCUCCAGGCCUGAGGGCACACACUUUCCUGUAGGCUUAGAUUGAAGAGAUGGCAAAUAGGAGUGGCAAUAUCGUCCGCUAUCAUCCUCAGUAAUUUUCCAUCCAAGUUGUCAGACCCCGGUGGCUUGCCAUUGUUGAUAGACAACAAUAUUUUUUUCACCUCUUCCACACUCACUUUACGGAAUUCAAAUGUACAAUGUUUGGAACAUUCGGACAAGUGAGGACAUUUUGCCUGUCCCACACAAGGAAAAAUGCUAUUUUAGGGUAAAGGGUUACAAUUAGGGUUAAAAUUAAGGUUAGGGUUAGGGCUUACGGUUAGGGUCAGGGUUAGGAGUUAGGGCUAGGUAUAGUUUUAGGGUUAGGGGUUUGGGGUUAAGGUUAGGUUUAGGGUUAAGGUUAGGUUAAGGGUUAAGGUUAGGGUUAGGGUUAGAUUUAGGGUUAGGGGUUAGGGAAAUAGGAUUUUGGAGGGAAAUCAAUUAUUUGGUCCCCACUAGGAGAGCAAUACAAAACUGUGUGUGUGUGUGUGUGUGUGUGUAAAAAUGAAAGAUAAACAGGAAAUAUGUCAGUAUCCCACCCUGUCCCGGCCACACACAGCUGGUGUGUACAAAUUCCAGCCACAAACUCUCAAACCCCCCUCACUCUCACACACACACCCAGGGCAGAACAGAGUCACACUUCAUACACAUCAUAAAAUAGUGGCAACUCUUAGGCCCAUUCAGGUUCUCUCAUUCCAACCGGAGGAGACAAUCUGGCAUCGGAGGGCCAGGCUUCAGAGGGCCAGGCUUCGGAGGGCAGGAUCUGGGUUCUUUCCACAGAUGAAGGACAUCUAAUGAAGAAGAAACUAAAAGGGGGAAAACAUGGAAAGGGUGUGUUUCAUGGAGAUCUCUCAGUCUCCACCAGGGUUUACCCUAACCAUAACCCUCUCCUCCAGCCCCAAUGGACAUCUACACCAGGGUUACCCUAACCAUAACCCUCUCCUCCAGCCCCGCUGGACGUCUCCACCAGGGUUACCCCAACCUAACCCCCUCCUCCCGCCCCGGGUGGGACAUCUAA